UUCAAAAUGGCGAUUGUCCUCUUGAAAUUAUAAGUUGAAACUUGAAAGUUCUCAACUUGUCACUUGUAUAAAAUUCAAUUUUUAUCAUAAAUGAUUCCUUAGAGUUAGUAGUUAGGUAGUAAUUUAUAAGUUUCUGUAACUUAUAAUUCAACGUAAUCUAGUAUUAAAAUACCCAAGGAAAUAUAAUUAACUGGAUUAUUCGUCAGCAGGCAAUGUCGUGGAGACGAGAUGAGCGCCCCAGUCGCUGGGGCGAAGCCAAACCCCGAUCGCCGGUUUGGGAGAUGCGGAGAAGCGCAAGCCCCGAUUGCAGUCGUCAAGCAUCACCACGUGAUCGACAAAAGGAGCGAAGGGAUCGUCACGACCGAUAUGACCGUGAAAGACGAGACCGGGAUCGCGAUGGUGACCGUUAUCGCCGCGAAAAUCGUGAACGCUUUGAUAAACGCGAUCGUCGUCGAUCUCCGCGACGUUUUGAUGAUAAGGAUAUCCCCACAGCUCCAUCUCCCCCGCAUAUUAGUCGCGAUAAGUCUAGGGAAAGAGAUAGAAGUAGGUCCCAGUCCAGAAGUCGAUCUCGUAGUUAUGAGCGACAGGAUAUUGAUUAUGAUACUCAAGAUACUCAGUCGGCUUCACCUGGUGAUUGGAUAUGUAAAUGUGGUUCUUAUAAUUUUAAACGCAGGCAGGUUUGUUAUAGACGUAACUGUCAAGGCAAACGUUCUGAAGGUAAUGUCGUGGGUGGUGAAGACAGAAAUGGCUCAGAACCAGCAGCCGGUAUUACCAAAAGAUUGUUAUUUAGACGUUUAGAUGCUUUAACCACAGAGGAAAAAAUUCUUGAUUCAAUAAAGGAAAGAUGUUCUAAGUCUGUGUUAGAUUCUAUUGCUGGUAUCACUAUUGGUCGAGAGACACUCACAGGAGCCUCAAAGUGUUUAGCAUAUAUCAACUUUAAUUCUAUUGCUGAUUCAACAGCUGCUCAUUCUGAAUUAAUUAGCCUCAACCCCUCAUUGAACAUUGAUAAUAGAGAAGUAUUAGUAUCAUUUUAUAAUGAGCCUCAGAAAGUGCCUAAAACCACUUCAAGUACUGAGUAUUCCUCAUACAAUUAUUUGCAGAAUAGAUCAAACUUUGUUUCGAAUCAAACACUUUCUGAAGCAGAUAGGGUGAAUGCGGCUGCUGCUGUUGCUCAGUCGGCUAUCUCGGCUGCUCAAGCUCGCCAAGUCUCUUGGACUCCGGUUUCUGUCCCUGCAUUUGUUAGUUCCACAGCUCAAUCUGCCUCAGUGACCAAUAUUCCUACUGGUGAUGGCAAAAUACAAUACACAGCCCCUGAUGUACGAACAUUCCUCUAUGAUGAAACCUCUGGUUAUUAUUAUGAUCCUGCCACAGGUCUUUACUAUGAUGGUAACACACAGUACUUCUACAACAGUCAGACAACUCAAUAUAUGUAUUGGGAUACCUCUAGAUCCACCUAUAUUGCUGCCACACAAAGCCAACAAAAUACAAACCAACCCAAGCUGCAAAAUCCCCCUCAAGCUACAUCAGAGAAUACAAUUCCAAAAGAACCAGAAGAAAAAAAGAAAAAAGAUAAAGAGGACAAAGUUAAGGUUGCAAAGAAGAUAGCAAAGGAUAUGGAGAGGUGGGCUCGUACCUUAAAUCAAAAGAAAGAGAAUGCUCGGAGUAAUAUUAUUAUGGAACAACCCCUGGAUCAUUCAACCAGCAAGGGUUCUGCAGAUAUUGGUUUCUCUGUUCUAGGAGCUGGUCCAUCCUUACAACAUCAUUCCCACUUGAGAGAAAUCUCUCCUCCGCCUGUGGAAGACGAAUUUUUAAUGAAAAGAACUGAAUGUAGUCAGUUUGAGUCAGAUGAAGGAAUCAUAGAUUGGGUUAAACUCACUUGCCUUCUCUGCAAGCGACGCUUCCCUUCAGCUGAAGUAUUGACUAAACACAAAACACUAUCAGACUUACAUAAACAGAAUUUUCUGGAACAUCAAAAGAAAAACAGCUCGUUACCUCAAACAAAUGGUUACAGAGAUAGGGCAGCUGAGCGUAGGAUGAAGUUUGGUGAAGAUGAGCCACCAAUUCGUAAAAGAUAUGAAUCAGACAUACAAACACCUAUAUUUGCACACACACCUCAACCGGUUGUAGACACCAUUGGUGGCAAAAUGUUACAGAAAAUGGGCUGGUCAGAAGGCAGAGGUUUGGGUAAGGAAGAACAAGGUCGCAUAGCUCCAAUAGAAGCCGAACAGAGACCAAGCUUAGCUGGACUGGGACAAAAACGAGGAAUCUAUACUCCCACACCUGGGCUCACAUAUAGAGACACUGUCAAGAAGCUGAUGAUUGCUCGAUACAAAGAAGUGAUUCAGGAAGAAGGAGACUAGAAGGUAAGAGAUGUUUUACCACUUUAUGCUCAGUUUUGUUUGUUACAGGUUGAAUGCAGGUCUGUCAUUUACAUUUUAUAACAUAGAGAAACUAUAUGCAGUUACAUGUAGUGAUUAAUGUUGCUCAGAGGAACCAUUUUUGCUCUAUUUAAUGCACAUACAAUAUUUUUAAUGGAGUGUGUUUAAAUGAAAAUAAUUAUUAUCUUUAAAAAAGUGUCAAGUUAACUUAUUAUAAUUAUAAUUGAAUGACUUUGAAUGGCUGUGGAUUCUUACCAAGGGAAUCUAAAAAUAAUGGGCUGUCGAAAACGCGUUUUGUAAUCCUUGUCUAAUUGUUUGAUUCUGUACUUAAAAUAGAUAUGGCGCUUCAAGAUGUGCAGCCCUAGAUGUGCCCAAUACAUCUUUGGUAAGUGCUUAUAUUUCCUUCAGUUAAUCAGUUUUUCCUGACAGGUGUAGCAGGUAUGUUAAAAAUUGCAAAGCGAUGAAAAGCUAAAUUUUCCCUACAAUGUUUCAACCAUUUAGGUAAAAUUGACUGAAGAAUGUGGACAUUACCUGGAUAAUAAACAACUGUGAUAGAACUGUGAUAUUUGUGAAGAAAUGGUGAAUGUGCGAGUUGGUUGAGUUUAACUGAUGGUUGUGACUAUUUAUAUUACAGAACCCGUCGGAGCUACGCGCCGUGCCAAUACAGAAUGAUUGCAUUAUGUACAUAGCCUUGCAAUAAGCUUGUUAUUUGAGUGGCCACCACCUCUAAUAUAUACAAAUACAUUGAUCAUGAGCACUACUGUGCCCAAGCUCUGUGGUCCUCAAUAACUUAAAUAAUUCUAAUACUAAAAGAAUCUGCUUCUGAGAGUGGAGACCUCUUUUUUAUUUUAGAUAAUAGGUCACUCAAUAUUUUGGUAUAGGGAUAUAAAUAUAUAUAUAGGCUGUAUACAUAUUAUAUAAGAUAAGCCCAUUUAGUACAAGUUAAAAAGUAUAUUUUCAUCACCAUGUCAAUACAAAAAAUUGUUAUGAACAAAAUGGGCUAUACUAUUUGUUUUAUAUACUUUAGAUCUUAUGAGUUAUGUCCAUAUAAUAUAAGUUUUAUAUGCAUUGUUAGCACGAACGCUAAUUGUUCUACGAACAAAGUGUAGUUGAAAAGAUAAGAUUUUAUAUUUACAGAAUCUUCAAUUUACUGAUAUUACGCACUGUUUGCAUUUAAUAUUUUUUUAUUAUUUCCUGACAAAUAAAGUAAUUUCGAUAAUUCUUAAAACGGUUUACUACGCCAAACACUGUUGAACAACAUAAAUUAUUGAUUCGGUAAAAUAGAGUUUCUAUUUAUCGAAUACUAGUAUAAAAGUAUUAUUACCAAAUGUAAUUAAACUUGUAAUAAUACUUAUAAUUUACAAUUUAUUCUCCAUUAAUAUAUAUCUAAACUAAGUUAUUUUUUGAAAAUACUA